AUGGAAGACAACAGAGCUAGAAGACAAGGCUACCCAGAGCCCUACACAACCACGAUGGAGCACCCUCUCAUCCUCGCGCCAGACAAUACAAUGUUCUACGCAUCGCCAGGGUCCUUUGCCCCCCUGCCAAACCAUGCCGUCUCUGUCCCGGACGAGUAUCUUUCCUACGGCACUAGCAGUCAACUCGACCCAACGGCCUCCUACUACCCAGCAUCUCAACCUCAGCCCUACGUUCAGCAAAACCCAUACUACCCUGCCACCACCAUGAGCCAGACCCCCAGCAACAGCAACAGCAACAGCAACAGCAACACGCAAUGGCUUCACCCCCCACAAGCCUCAUCGCACUACCACCCCCAAACAUACCAAGACUCCAUCCCAUCCUCCGACAUCGACCCAGACUUCGACCUCGAUCUCGAUGUCGACGUCGACCAAGGCCCCUUCUCCUCGCCCUCUCCCUCCUACCACAACCACAACCCCUACGCCCCAACCUCAUCCGACCCCACCCAAACCCAGCUGAACCAACAAGUCCCAACCCGCACCCCCUCCACAACCUCCGCCUCCUCCACAAACGCAAACGCAAGCAACAGCAAAGACCUCUCCCUCUACGGCACACCCUCACCCACCCACCCAGGCGCCUGGCGCUGCGCCUACCCAUCCUGCACCUCGUCCUCGCUCUUCCGCCGAGGCUGCGACCUGCGCAAGCACUACAACCGACACCGGAAGCACCUCUUCUGCCGGCACGACGGGUGCCCGCAGUCGAACCCGCAGAUGCCCGGAGCAGGGUUCAGUAGCAAGAAGGACCGCGAUCGCCACGAGGCCAAGCAUAACCCGGGCAUCGUCUGUGAGUGGGCGAGUGAGGGUUGCACGAGGGUUUUCUCACGGGUCGAUAAUAUGAAGGAUCAUGUUCGGCGGAUCCAUAAGGGCGUUUGA